GACCCCCCAGCGCAGGCCAGUAUGUUCAUGCUAGUGGAGAUGGUGGACACCGUGCGAAUCCCCCCGUGGCAGUUUGAGAGGAAUCUCAAUGACUCCAUUGCCGAGGAGCUGAACAAGAAGUUGGCCAACAAGGUCGUGUACAACGUGGGACUCUGCAUCUGUCUGUUUGACAUCACCAAGCUGGAGGACGCCUACGUGUUCCCGGGGGAUGGUGCAUCGCACACCAAAGUCCAUUUCCGCUACGUGGUGUUCCACCCGUUCCUGGACGAGAUUCUGAUCGGGAAGAUUAAAGGCUGCAGCCCGGAGGGGGUGCACGUCUCUCUCGGGUUCUUUGAUGACAUUCUCAUUCCCCCGGAGUCUCUGCAGCAGCCAGCCAAGUUCGAUGAAGCAGAGCAGGUGUGGGUGUGGGAGUACGAGACCGAGGAGGGCGCGCACGACCUGUACAUGGACGUCGGCGAGGAGGUCCGCUUCCGGGUGGUGGACGAGAGCUUCAUGGACACGUCCCCGACUGGGCCCAGCUCAGCAGAGGCCACCUCUUCCAGUGAGGAGCUGCCCCGGAAGGAGGCGCCGUACACGCUCGUGGGCUCCAUUAGUGAGCCAGGCCUGGGCCUUCUCUCCUGGUGGACCAGCACUUAGCUCGGAUUGGCCCAUGGGUCCUGCC